AGUUGAUGCAUCCAUGCAUGAUUUUGGUGGAGGCGCAUCAUAACCUUUUUGAACGAACCGCUAUCCGGCCGUUCGUCCAUCCAUCCUCCUCCGCCUCGUCCACUACCUUUGCCCGAUCGACUCCAUCACCUACAUAGCAUUCCGCCUAGCCGCCUAGCCGCUGCUGCUGCCCAUUCUUAUCCUUAUCCACUCACUGCACGCGGGCGCGCACGGCAAACGGUGGGACCCCGUCCGUGUUGCUUUACGCUAGCAUCGCCAUUGUCGUGCACACGCUACCUACCUACCUUAUCUCAUCGUGCUUUGUUGCGGUUGCUUCUACGUACCUCUCUACGCCUCGCGUCGCAUCGAGUGCGACAUUCCGCGCUGCGACCCUGCCAUACUUGACGACGAGACGGCCUGCUGACCACGGGCGAGGAGAGGCCGCCUUUAUACUGCCUUAUAUCCACCUCGUCAUAACCCACCACCGCCUGCAUCAACCCACGGCAAGCGCAGUCUCUCUUCCUUGAUCGCCCACCACAGGCUUCGACGCUUGAGGUCGGUCAUCAGUCGACACCCAGCCGCCCGCCAUGCUCGACGAGAACCUCCCGACCUACCGCCUCCAGCCCUCGGCCGAUAACCCCCUCCAGACCGUCCUCUACUUCACCCACAACGGCUCCGAGCCCUCGCCCGAGUACCUGCUCAAGCGGCCCGCCGCUCCCGAUGCCCGCAACAAGUACGUCCUCGGCCUGCUCGACGCGCACUACCCGUCGGUCGUGUACGCCGAGGUCCUCGUCGAGCCCGCAUGGACGCAGCCGACCCUCUCCGCCGCCGAGGUCCGCGCCAACGGCGGCUCCACGUCGCCCGUGCCCCUUACGCCCGACUCCUUCGCAGUCUCCCUCUACAACCCCGACCAGGCCGUCGUCGUACGCCACCGCCCGGGCAGCUGGGGCAAGUCGGACGCCUGGGACUUUGAGGUGCCGGAGCGCAGCUUCCGCCUCCCGAGCGCGAGCCGCAUCGACCGCGAGGGCGCCGGCGGCGUCGACGCCGCCGACCUGGCGCCCAAGGUCGUCUUCCGGUGGAAGCGCGACGGCCGCCUGAGCAAGGACAUGACGUGCUACAUGUCCGGCCGGAGCGUGGGCGGCAAGAAGAACAAGGAGCCCGACAUCACCGUCGCCAUGUUCCGCGCGUCCAAGAACGAAGGCACUGUUACGAUAUACGAGCCCAACAUGGCGCGCGUCGACGUCGAGGACCGCAAGGGGCUCGAGGUCGCCUUCAUCCUGAGCGCAGAGGUGAUUCGCGACCUGUAUCUCGUCCCGCGACACAACCCCUUCAACGCGGCAACGGUCGGUGCUGGGCCCACACACGUCAACGGAACCCGCAAGAGCUCGAACCCACUGGCCGCCUCGUCAUCGCAGCUCGCCAUGGUGUCAGGAGCGCUCGGCGACGCACCCCCAGCUCCCAGCGCGCGGCCCGAGUCGACGUCGCCGCAGCCGCCGCCCCCACUUCGGGACGCCCGCCAGCAGGCCGAGGUCGAGGCCGAGACGAAGAGGCUGCAGGCCAUGGUGGUCGAGGAGGGUCGCAAGGCCCGUGAGCGCGAGAAGCGCGACCUGGAGGAGCAGAAACGCAUCAAGAAGAUGCUCGAGCAGGAGGACAAGGAGCGCCGGAGACGCGAGGCCGAGGUGGAGAAGGAGACGGAGCGGCUGCGCAGGGAGUACGGGGUCCCUGGCCCAAGCACCGCUCCGUCCACGUCUCCCCCGUUGCCGCCGCGGCCGAACCCGGGGCAAUUCUAUCCGCCGACGGCUGGGUGGUACGGCCCGAUGAGCGGCCCCGCGCCUCCGCAGCCGGCCCGGCCGAACAGCGUGGGGCCGCCGCCGAGGCCGGACCAGAACCAGGGCGGGCGCAAGAAACCCUCGACCGGCGGUGGCGGGCUGGGGUCGCUGUUCCCGGGCCCGUACAGCGGGCCGUCCGGGGCGAGCGUGAGCGGCUUCUUCCACCGGUCCGACGAGGACAAGCGGAAAAAGGUGCAGAAGAAGCGGAGCGUGCAUUUCUGAGCCGUGCGUGACGUGUUUCACUCACAUGGUCGCCGUCUUUGUAGGAGUCUUUGUCCGCACGUGCGUGACCACUUUGGAUGGGCUGGCGCAUUGGGGUUUUUCUAGGAGCAUGGCGGCACGGUCGGGGCGCAUGGCGCCUCGUGUAUGAUUUUGACGACGAUGAUGUAUCUUGACGAUUACAUAUUACUUAUAGACAUGUUCCAGUAUGUACAUCCAUGAACUUUUCU